UGCUCGGAAAUUUUCUGACACAUUUACUUUGUUUAAUGUCAUUGACGGCCGUGUGUGUCGAUUCUAUUGAUGCCAAUGUACUUGGAUUUCGGACUGAAAAGGAGGCAAAAAUGUGCAGGAUGAAGGAGUUGGUGGCACUUUUGCUUGUGGCUGUGCAAAUUCAAAAUGUCAAGCCCGUGAUUCACACGCUCAAAUAUAUCGAUACUGCGUCGUCUCAAAUUCCAAACUUCCCAGAGUACUUGAGUGUCGGUUAUGUCGACGGUGUUCAGAUUACACAAUACGACAGCAAGAGCAGGAAAUAUCGACCCAAACAGGAGUGGAUGAACAAAAUCACAGCUGAGGAUCCGCCCUACUGGGAGAGAAACGCACAGGUCAAUAUGCGUGAGGAGCAGGUCAACAAAGUCAACAUUGAAAUUGCUAAAGAGCGCUUCAACCAAACUGGAGGUUUGUUGCCGUCCAACUUUGGAGCAUUUCAAGACAUUUCAUGCGCCGGUGUUCACAUGAUACAGCGAAUCUCUGGCUGCGAAUGGGACGAUGAGACCGGCGAGAUUGACGGUUGGGAACACUUCGCUUAUGACGGAGAAGACUUUAUAUCGUUUGAUUUGAAGGGACUGAGGUGGAUCGCGGUCAAGCCGCAAGCUGUCGUCACUAAACACAAGUGGGACCAAUCGGACAGUUUUAAUCAAUGGAAGGAGUCUUACUAUACUGAGGAAUGUCCUUCUUACUUGAAGAGGCACGUUCACAAUGGGAGGGAGUUCCUCAUGAGAACAGAGCUUCCGCGGAUCUCCCUGCUGCAGAAGACGUCGCGGUCGGCGGUGACCUGCCACGCCACGGGUUUCUACCCCAGGGAGGCCGCCCUGUUUUGGAAGAAGGACGGCGAGGGGCUCUUUGAGGACGUGGAGAUGGGCGAGACCCUCCCCAACCACGACGGGACCUUCCAGACCACCGCCGACCUCAAUUGGGUGGACGCCGACGCCAAGUACGAGUGCGUCUUCCGGCUGGCCGGCGUCCCGGAGGACGUCGUCGUCCCGCUGGACCACGCGAAGAUCCUGAGCAACGAACGCAUUGAAGCAGAAGAAAGGAGGAAGACGGCGUUGGCCAUCACCGUCCCGUUGGUGCUCAUAGCCCUUGGAAUCGUCAUUGUCCUCGUCAUCGUCAAAUUCUGGAAAGCCAAAUACACCCAAGCUGCUAUUUCUGAGCCAUCUUCCUCCAAGAGCACUCCCGAGGCCGCUUCUCCGACCGCCGAGACUCCUUUAGCCGAGCCCGCUCCCGAGUGAGACGCUUUCACACGGCGUUGGAAGACGAUCACAAUGUUCCAACGCAAGCGCAAAAAGACUGCAUUUCUUGUCCAAUUAGGCCAUUUGUGUCAUGGGGACUUCUGUGUUUGCU